AUGUCAAUGGCGCAUGAUUGGCAUUUGCAGCCAGCUGUGAAACUUUUGUUUCUCUCACAGCUGGCACAGCAACUUGCUGAGCAGCUGGAUUGCGAAAGGGGCUGUUGCCAGCCACCAGUUUUUGAGGCCACCGCGCCUCUGUGUUCAAUGCCUCGACCAAUGUUUGAAAGAGACCUUUGGCCAGUGGCUUCCACAGAGGAGGAGUCCGAGAAGGACAAGAACAGGCGACUCUCAUUGGGUACGACGACUACGGGGGUGCCCGAAGAGGAUGAUGUGCUUUCCGAGUUUGAUGUGGGGGAGGAUAUCAAUAACGUUGAUGAUCAUCCGGACGGAGACGGUGGCGUUGCACAGGCCAUUUGCAGUGAAUUCAAGGAUCCAGUGUGUCGACUGUUGACUCUUCUGAAAUUGUUGCACGUUUGA